AUGAGUCAAACAGGGAACAAGAGCUCCUCAGAUGGAGAAACUAAACCCCAGACUUCACUUGUCAGCAAAUGCAUCAGGGGGGUCAAAAUUCAGGUCCCCAAAGCUGAAAACAGAAAAGAGAGCAAUGACAUUAAAACAACUGAUUUUCGACCCAGCGACGAGACACCAAAACCUAAUAUGAUGAGUCUUACAGCUAAGACUGUCACUUCCGAAAUGGAAUUAAGAUCCAGGAUGGAGGAAAAAGCGUUCCUGAAGAAGCUGGGCAAAAUCCCUGUCGACAAGUGUCUAGAUUUGAACAACUGUAGACUAACAACAGCGGAUGUGAGGGAGCCAGGAGAAGCACUUAAAGCGCUGCCUGAACUUGAGUUGAAUUUGUCCUGGAACAGUAAAGUGGGAGGAAACUUGCCUCUGAUCCUCCGGACAUUCCGAGAAGGGAGCAAGACACAAAUGCCUGAGCUUGUGGACUACGCCCUCACGUCAGAAGAUGGGACGUUUGUGGGUCAGUUGCUACUUAGGCUGCAAAACCUUGAAAUACUUGAUCUUUCUGUUAACAGAAACGUCGGUGGCGGUCUCAACAGUAUUGCUCAGGGAUUAAAAAGUACCUUAAAUCUGAAAGUCUUGAAGUUACAUUCAUGUGGAUUAUCACAAAAGAGUGUCAAACUACUGGAUGCUGCUUUUAGAUACUUGUGCGAGCUGAGGACACUAGACCUUUCCUGCAACAAGGAGAUGAGUGGAGGGUUUGACUGCUUCCCGGGGCUGGCCGUGCUCGAGCAUCUGGAGGGGUUGGAUCUUCACCAGUGCUCGCUGAUGGCCGACGACACGGUGUGGCUGACCCAGGUUAUCCCUUUUCUCUCGAGUUUUCAAGAAUUGGCCUUAUCUGCCAACAGAAAGAUGGGCAGCCCUUCUGAAAACCUAUUCAGCAGGCUCUGAUUUUUACCAGCAUUGAAGUCAUUGUUAGUCAACAACUGUGCUUUGGAAAGUGAGACUUUUACUGCCCUGGCUGAAGCCUCCAUUCACCUCCCUGCUCUGGAAAUAGUCAACCUUUCUUGGAAUAAGUGUGUUGGCAGCAGCCUAAAGCUGCUCCUGGAAAUGCUAAAGCUUUCAACGUCCCUUUAGGUGCUGAGGCUGAGCAGCUGUUCCCUGGUGACAGAGGACGUGGCUCUUCUGGCAUCGGUAAUCCAGACAGGUCACAUGGCCAGGCUGCGGAAGCUGGACCUGAGCUAUAAUGACAGCAUCUGUGAUGCAGAAGGGACCAUCUUCUGCCAAAACCCGUGGCUCCUCAAAGAGUUAACCGAGCUGGAUAUUAGCCUUCAGCCAUCAGCUUUUCGGGAGUGUGGACAAUGGUUUAGACAUUUGUUAUGUGCCGUGACCAAACUUCCUGAGAUCACCGAGAUAGGAAUGAAGAGGUGGGUCCUCCCAGCCUCACAAGAGGAAGAACUAGAAGGCUUUGACCAAGAUCACAAAAGCAGCAUUCACUUUGACCAUGGUGGGUUUCAGUAA